GAAGGGGGGAAAAAACCCGAAGCGGGGGGGGGGGAGCGGGAAAGAAAAAGCUCCUGUCAGGAAGGGGCGGACGCGAAGGACGACUCAGAGCCCUUCCCUCGCGUCUCCUCCUCCGGGAAGUUGGAGCCGAAGUUUCGCGGAGCGAGUCGGCCGCGGGAAGUGCGGAGAGGCGACGACCCCCGUCACCUCACCUCACCUGGAAGUGAGGGGUGGGUGGGAUACCUGUAGAAGGGGAGACCCCCAAAGCAGGUCCUAUUUCAUUGUCCGGAGGUAAAGAACUGGAUUCCCAAGCUGAAAGAGACUUGUGUGUGCAUGCAGUCUAAUGAAGUUUUUUACUGGGACGAAGCAUAAAAAUGUUGCCUGUUCAUUUAUUGCAACCCCUCGUCAUUCUUUGAAUGAUUUGAAGACGAGUCUAUAAAACGAGGACAUUGUUUCCCCCAUUUGAAUGUUGCAUAGUAUCAUGCCUAGCAGGAUGGGAUCAAAAAUGAACACGAAGAAAGACUUCGUUAGAGUAAAAACUCAUUAUAAUGGGGACAUCCUCAUCACCAACUUGGGUGCCUCAAUGAACUAUGAUGAACUUUGCGAUGAAGUGAGAGAAAUGUGCAGUUUGUCACAGGAACAGCCAAUUACCCUGAAGUGGAUUGAUAAUGAAGGUGAUCCUUGUACCAUUUCGUCACAGAUGGAACUGGAAGAAGCCUUCCGUUUGUACUGUCGGUACAGAGACGAAGGGCUUAUUAUUCAUGUCUUCCCAAGCAUUCCAGAACAACCCGGCAUGCGGUGUCCUGGUGAAGAUCAAUCAAUCUACCGGCGGGGCGCCAGGAGAUGGAGGAAGCUGUACCGAGUGAAUGGCCAUCUGUUUCAAGCCAAGCGCUUUAACAGAGUGAGUACUGAAGCAGUUGAGGCAGGAGGUUUGAAUCACCCAUCUUUGAAAAGCCAUAAACCAUGA